AUGGCGUAUGAAGGCUCAGUCGCUCCGAGCGCGGGGAUGAGCGACGGGAAGCCGGGCGGUGGAGCGGGCGACUCCACCGACCCGUCCUCCACCACCCACCUGGGCCCGCCCGACCCCAGCAAGGAGCUCCCGCCCUUCUCCUCCUUCUCGGAGAUGGAGGGCCUCGGCUCCCGGCUCUCGCACGAGGGGUCAUCUCUCCCCGGAUUCCCCGACUCUCUCACUGAUGAAGGCUCAGUCGCUCCGAGCGCGGGGAUGAGCGACGGGAAGCCGGGCGGUGGAGCGGGCGACUCCACCGACCCGUCCUCCACCACCCACCUGGGCCCGCCCGACCCCAGCAAGGAGCUCCCGCCCUUCUCCUCCUUCUCGGAGAUGGAGGGCCUCGGCUCCCGGCUCUCGCACGAGGGGUCAUCUCUCCCCGGAUUCCCCGACUCUCUCACUGGUCGUUUCGUGUUGGAUCUCAACUUCCCUUUCUCGGAUCUUUACUCGGAGGGUCUGUCGGCGCGGCUGGUGCAUGACGGGCCGUCGGCCCAGCAGCAGUCGAUCACGACCCCCACCUCCUCCACCAACAGCAGCCCCCCGCCGUCGAGUACAAACCUGGUGGACUCCACCAACUCCGCCUACCGGCCGUGGGAGAGCAAGGUCUCGCCGGACUCGGAGCACAAGCCGUGGGACACCGGGGGCGACGGGACGUUCGUGACGUUAGAGGCGCCCUCCACGCUGGCGCUGAAGCUGCCGUCGUUCCAGACGCAGUUCCAGUUCUCGCCGCCGCCGUCCCGGACGGAGGUGUCGUCUCCGUUUCAGCAGAGCUACCCGAUGGUGGCCGCCCCGAUCCAGGCGCGGGAGAUCCCGCAGAUCCAGCAGCAGUUCCUGGACGAGCGGCAGAUCCACCUGUUCCCGCCGGGUCAGACUCAAUACGCUUUCGACGGGAUGCAAACGCAACGGGUGUCCAGCACGGUGAUGAAAACCGAGCUGGAAGUGGUGCACCAGCACCACCCCCCACCCCUCCACCACCCACCGAUGGAGCUCGUGCCCCACCUUCAACCCCACCCCCCACCGCCCCCGCCCCCGCCACGCAAGCGUCAGAAACGAAACCCAAAGAGCGUGGCGGCCCACCUCGAGCACAUGAUCGUCGGCGGCCUCGACCCCAACGACCUCUGCGAGAGCGUCUCCCAGGUCCCCGCCGUGAGCAGCACCGCCGCCCACCACCCCGGCCUCCGCGGCGGCGACGACGCCGAGGGCAAGCCGGUCAAGAAGAAGCGGAAGCGGUGCGGCGAGUGCAUCGGGUGCCAGCGGAAGGACAACUGCGGCGACUGCGCCCCCUGUCGCAACGCCAAGAGUCACCAGAUCUGCAAGAUGCGGCGCUGCGAGAAACUCACAGAAAAGAAGCAAGACCGUUUCCGGAUCCGGAUCCGACCCACCCUAUUGAGAAUUGCAAAAGUCGCGAAUUUGCGGUCCAGAUGA